GUGAUUGAAAUUGUUUUUCAGAACAUGACGAGGAAAUGGACCCUUGACUCGUGAUGGACCCAUUUGACAACUCUGAAUCUCAACAAACUGAGACGGAGAAUGCAGCAGAAAAUGCAGAGUCGCGUUUGCCAUGGGCCCGGUUUUCGUCGUGGCUGGAGUGUGUCUGCGUCGUUACCUUCGACCUCGAGCUCGGACAAGCCAUUGAGCUGGUGUAUCCACAGGACGUGAAACUAACCGAGAAGGAGAAAACCAGCAUUUGCUACCUAUCCUUCCCCGAUUCUUACUCAGGAUGCCUUGGAGACACCCAGUUCAGCUUCAGGCUACGCCAGUCCGUGGGUCGCAGCGGGUCCUGGUUUGGAGAGGAUGCAUACAACAGGGAUGCACCUGUCACACUACAGAGAGAGCUGGCUCAUUUCUAUGGUUACGUGUACUUCAGACAAGUCAAGGACACUUCUGUCAAAAGAGGCUAUUUUCAGAAGUCACUUGUUCUAGUGUCCAGGCUACCAUAUGUCCACCUUUUCCAGAACCUACUGCAGAUCAUAGCACCAGAGUAUUUUGAGAAGUUGGAGCCCUGCCUUGAAACUGUGUGUAACGAGCUCGACCAAUGGCCUUCUCCAGUGCCAGGACUCACACUAAAUCUACCUGUGAUGGGCGUGGUUUUGCAGGUUAGGAUUCCCUCAAAGAAUGACAAGCAAGGAGGAAGCCCAGUAAAGCAGGCCCUGAAAGAGAAUCUCCUACCAGCCCCAAUGAUGCUGCCCACCAUACAUGAGCUGGAUCUGUUCAAGUGUUUCCAGUCAGUCCUGAUCCACCUGCAGAUGCUGUGGGAGCUCAUGCUGCUUGGGGAGCCCAUUAUUGUCAUGGCGCCAUCUCCCGCGGUCUCCUCGGAAACCGUGCUGGCUUUGGUGAGCUCGAUUUCUCCGCUAAGGUAUUGCUGUGACUUCCGGCCUUAUUUUACCAUUCAUGACAGUGAGUUUAAGGAGUAUACCACCAGGACACAAGCACCGCCUAAUGUGACCCUAGGUGUCACCAAUCCCUUCUUCAUCAAGACCUUCCAGUCCUGGCCCCAUAUUGUUCGUAUUGGUGAACUCAAGAUGUCUGGUGACUUGCCUAAGCAGGUAAAGGCAAAGAAACUAGCUAAGCUGAAAACAUUGGAUACUAAGCCAGGUAUUUACACAGCAUACAAAACAUUCCUUCACAAAGACAAGUCCCUCCUCAAAAGACUCUUGAAGGGGAUCCAGAGGAAGAGGCCAUCUGAGGUGCAGAGCGCCAUCUUGAGGAGACAUCUGUUAGAACUCACUCAGAGCUUCAUCAUACCACUGGAGCGAUACCUGGCCAGCCUGAUGCCCCUGCACAGGUCUGUGUCCCCCUGGAAGACACCACCUCAGAUCCGACCCUUUAGUCAGGAGGAGUUCAUUUCAACUCUUGACCACGCUGGACCCCAGCUCACCUCUGUGCUCAAAGGGGAUUGGAUGGGCCUGUACAGGAGAUUCUUUAGGUCACCUAACUUUGACGGCUGGUAUCGCCUUCGACACAGAGAGAUGACCCAGAAACUUGAGUGUAUCCAUCUGGAGGUCAUCUGCGAUGCUGACCUGCUGGGUUGGACUAAAGACAAGUCAGAAGUGGAGAUUGUGGAUCUGAUUCUGAAGCUGAGAGAAAAACUGUUGAAAGCUUCCAGGCAUCAGCUACCAGUGAAGGAGGGGGUCCUGGAGAAACUGGAGGAGUACAUCCUGACUGUGAUCAGCUCUCUACCAGAGGAUCUGCAGACUGUAUUAUACAGGCACUGACACACACGGCCCCUAAUACUAUUAAUAAAGUUUUAUUUGUAUUUUCACAAUCUAUUGCCAUCUCCCAAACCAUUAUCCCUUAUGAGUAGGGUGGUUGGAAUUUAGAAUGUACUGUAGCACAAAUCAGAUCAAACUGGAUGUAUUUAACAUUCCAGCCACAUUAACUGAUACUGAUAACUGCUAGGGCAUUUUAGGGAAAUGUAAAUUUACACCUGUGGUCACUUGGCAUAAGUCUUCAGGAAUUGUUACUGUAAGCUUUUUUUAAACCAUUAUUUAUGCAUGUGCAGCCCUUUAUAUGGCAAAGUCAAAACCUGUUAAGAAGAUAGUAAACUGGUGUUUUGUCAUGGACCUAACUUAUCAUUAGAAACCUCAAUGGCAGAAAACCAUGUUCUUUACUUUCCACAGUGCUGCUAUAAGAAAGGUAGAACACUUUUGAUCUUUAAAAUUUUUUGUACUUAAAAUGGCAAAUGUUGGUGAAGUAGUAUACACAGCACAGCCAAAUGAAUCCACAUCGAUUCUGCAAUACUGCAAUGUAGUGUGUGGAGUGCAAGAUUAAUUUGUCAAAAUAACUUGAAUGUGUGUUUAACAUUUAUCAAAAGGUCACAAAGAACAUUAUCUCAGAAGUGAUCUGAUCUAUGGUCAGGUAAUUUAUAAACGUCCUUAUACAAAAUCUUGUUGAUCUUGUUCUUGAAUGCAGAGGCCGUUUUGUACUUGACAGGUCUGAGCCAAAAUCACAUAGACAUUGUAUAGACAUUCAUCGAUCACUUUACAUGUUUUUCAAGAUCAGGAUCACUUGUUACACUGCAGUGAAUGUAAACACAAUUGACCUCGUACACUUUACUUCCUUUGCUCAACGUCUCCUUCUGUCUCUAAGAUGUAAUGUAUUAUUUAUUUGUUCCUCCUAUUGUUUACAAAGAUUUCAUAAAAAAUAUGUCAUUUGGGGUAAAUUAAGUAUUUAGUCUCAGUACAGCUGAUGAGUCAUAACUCAAAUAGCUUACAUAGUCUAUGGAUCCAGUUAAUGUUGGAUUUUUAUUUUGUUUACACAAUUGCUCUUCAAGUGAUCUAAUAAACUGGUAUUAAUAUUGAUAUCAAAGGAGGCAAUGAAGAGUGUAACCAAUAAAAGUUCAAACUAAUGCAUUUAGUUU